AAUCGUCCCUCGCAUAAGUCGUGAGAGAUACGCGCAAUGGACAGCAGGAGUGAGAGGAGAAUGCUGCAACUGAGGAAUCGCCUGGACAUGCUAGGCUACACUGACCAUCUGGGAGCUGACUCACUCUCACUUGUUGAGAGGCUUUUCUGCGAUAUGGUGCACACCACCGAAAGCCUGCGCAAAGCCAAGCGUUUGGCAGGCAAGUCUGAAAAAGAAAUCCAGAACUGCGAUGUUUUUCUGGAGCCAUACAGAGCCGCUCAUGAUCAACUGGAUAAGAAGAACCGAGAGCUUCAGAUGGAGCUUCUGACUGUGAAGAGCGAAAAGGACCUUUUGGACAGAGAGAUGAAAAUCUUCAUCACAAAGCAGGAAGACGAGCUGUCUUCCCUGAAGUCUCUGAACAAGCAGUAUAUGCAGCAGGUCCGCUACCUGGAGAAGGACAGCAAAGAGAAAGCAAAGACUGUCCGUCAACUGCGGAAAAGGAAUUCAAAUGCAGUGGUGCAGUCGGGAGAUGAAAAAAGGAUCAGCCCUCCUUCUCCUCGGUCGGCGCCUCAUCCUGGUGAUGAUCCGUAUGUAGCCGACAUUUUGAAGCAGGCAGAUGAAAGGAUCUUUGAAAUGCACGAAGAAGCGGCAAAAUUAAAAGCGGAUCUGGAAAAUGCCCACGGACAAGUACAAUUCUUAAAUAACCAUAUUGACGACAUGCAAGAGGCCAACAACCAACUAAAGAGGAAGUUAGAGGGAGCGCAGCAGAAAUACUCUACCAAAGUAGCUGACCUUACCUCAAAGAACCGUGAGCUGUGCGGCGAGUUCGUGGCCAUACUUGACCUCGCCAGGCAGAUGGAACUAGACAACAAGCAAAAGUUGAAAACGGCUGAUACGAAAUUUCAAGAUAUGGAUGAAGUUGUGCAAAAGCAAAAAGAAGUAAUUAGAGAUUUGGAGGAUGAACUGGGGAAAAUAAGUGUGGAUGGCCAAACUCCUGCUCCCGCAGAUGGACAUGGACACGAAACGAAGGAAGUUGACCAUCAGAACGUCGCCCACGGUGAGUUUGAGUUCAUAAAAUCUCAUCUUGGAGAACAGUUGGUAGAGCUGAGAGGACAGAAUAAGAAAUUAGAGGGAAUGGUGGAUUUCCUCGGGGCUGAGAAAAGCAGACUGCAGGACAAAGUGGAGAAGUUGAUGUCAUUUGAAAAAGUCUUAGUCCUGGAUUUGGAGGGCAUGCGAAAUAGACAUGGCAUUUGCCGAUUGGAGUGCUCGUCAUCUCGUCUGGAUGCUUUUGUCAAGAGUCUGGAGGAGGAGAGGGAUCACUAUCGACAGGAAGUUGAACACUAUAAAGUCUUUGGAGCAAGAAGCCCCAGUCACAGUCCAGGCAAGCAGAAGAGUCCAAAAAGCCAGCAUGACCACAAAAGCUCUAAUCCAUCUGCUGAAAUAUUGAAUCUGAAAGAUGCGCUCAGACUGGCCAAUGAAAAACUCCAGCAGGUGACAGCUGAAAAACAGUCGCUGAUGGGAGAACUGAAGCAGACGAAAAGCUCUGCAUGGAUAGAGUCAAACAUCCAGCAGGUGACGGAUGAAAAAGAAGCAGCUAUGGAGAACAAUAUGCAAGAGCAACUCACACAGUCUUCUAAAAACCUCAACCUGAAAGACGAACAUAAGCAGAUAGAAGAAAAACUCCAGCUGGUGUUGGGUGAAAAACAGUCGCUUAUGGAUAAAUGUCAGCAAAUGGAGUUGCAGUGUGAGCAACACAGCUCGGAAUUGAUAAGCCUGAAAGAGGAGCUCAGACUGGCUGAAGAAAAUAAGCGUCGGGUGACGGCUGAAAAAGACUCAGUAAUGGAGGAAGUUCAACAAAAGCACACCUUAGAAAUACAGACCCUUAAAGAGGGGCACAACCUGGCAGAAGACAAAACCCAGCAAGCAACGACUGAAAAAGAGUCACUGAAAGGGAAAUUAACGCAGCAUCAACAGGAUCUCUCAAAAACAUCUGAUGAAAUCUCAAAACUAAAAGAAGAGCUCAAACUGUCCAAAGCAAAAACAGAGCAAGUGACCGCUGAAAAAGACUCACUGGCAGAGGAGCUGAAGGAAAUUCAGCGGCAGCAUGGGGAGCACAACUCAGAAACAUCUGCUGAAAUCUUAAAACUGAAGGAGCAGCUUAAUCUGGCAGAGAAGAAAGUCCAAGAGGUUAUUUCAGAAAAAGGCACACAUAUAGAAGAACUGAAGGAAAUGCAACUGGUGCAGGAGGAACAGAAGUCUGCUGCAAUUUCCAACUUGGAAGAGGAGCUCAAACGGGCCAAAGAAAAAAUUGAGCAGUUCACGAAAGUAACUGAGAAAAUACAGGUGGAACGGGAGCAGUUGAACUUAAAUGCAUCUGAAGAAGCGUUAAACUUCAAAGAAGAGCUUAAACAGGCAGAAGAAAAAAUCCAGCAAGUGAUGGCUGAAAAAGACUCACUGAUGGAAGAGCUUAAGCAAAAGGAGCUGCAGCAUGAGCAACAUUCUUCGACUACAUCUGAGGAACUCUCCAACCUAAAAGAGGAGCUCAGACAGGCAAAAGACAAAAUCCAGAAAGUGAUGGAUGAAAAAGUUGCACAAAUGGAAGAAUUCAAGCAAAGGCAGCUGCAGAGUGACGGCCGCGACUCAAAAACAGUUGCUGACAUUUUAAAUCUGAAAGAGGGGCUGAACCUGGCAGAAGAAAAAUAUAAGCAGGUGACAGCAGAAAAAGACUCACUGGUGAAGGAUUUGGAGCAAGUGCAGCAACAGAAAGAACAGGAAAUCUCAAAAGCAUCUGAUGAAAUCUUAAAACUAAAGAAGCAGCUCACACUGACAGAAGAGAAAGUUAAUGAGAUGGCUUCAGAAAAAGAGGCAGAAAUAGAGGCACUGAGGCAUGAGGAGAACAGCUCAACAGCUGCAGAAAUCUUAAAACUGAAGAAGCUGCUCAAUCUGUCAAAAGAGAAAGUCCUAGAGGUGUCUUCAAAAAAAGAUGCUGAAAUGGAAGAACUGAAGAACCAGCUCGAACUGACAGAAGGGAAAGCCCAGGAGGUGGCUUCUGAAAAAGAUGCAAAAAUCGAAGAACUGAAGAACCAGCUCAAAAUGACAGAAGACAAAGUCCACGAGGUGGCUUCAGAGAAAGACGCAGAAAUGAAGGAACUGAGGCAUGAGGAGAACAGCUCAACAUCUGCAGAAAUCUUAAAACUGAAGAAGCAGCUUAAUCAGGCACAAGAGAAAGUCCAAGAGGUGGCUUCAAAAAAAGAUGCAGAAAUAGAAGAACUGAAAUACCAGCUCAAACUGACAGAAGAGAAAGUCCAUGAGGUGGCUUCAGAGAAAGACGCAGAAAUGGAGGAGCUGAAGCAAGAGGAGAACAACUCAACAUCUGCAGAAAUCUUAAAACUGAAGAACCAGCUCAAACUGACAGAAGAGAAAGUCCAAGAAGUGGCUUCAGAAAAAGACGCAAAAAUCGAAGAACUGGAGGACCAGCUCAAACUGACAGAAGAAAAAGUCCAUGAGGUGGCUUCAGAGAAAGACGCAGAAAUGGAAGAACUGAAGCAUGAGGAGAACAGCUCAACAGCUGCAGAAAUCUUAAAACUGAAGAAGCAGCUUAAUCUGUCAAAAGAGAAAGUCCUAGAGGUGUCUUCAAAAAAAGAUGCUGAAAUGGAAGGACUGAAGAACCAGCUCAAACUGACAGAAGAGAAAGUCCAGGAGGUGGCUUCUGAAAAAGAUGCAAAAAUCGUAGAACUGAAGAACCAGCUCAAAAUGACAGAAGACAAAGUCCACGAGGUGGCUUCAGAGACAGACGCAAAAAUCGAAGAACUGGAGAACCAGCUCAAAAUGACAGAAGACAAAGUCCACGAGGUGGCUUCAGAGAAAGACGCAGAAAUGGAGGAACUGAAGCAUGAGGAGAACAGCUCUACAUCUGCAGAAAUCUUAAAACUGAAGAAGCAGCUUAAUCAGGCAAAAGAGAAAGUCCAAGAGGUGGCUUCAAAAAAAGAUGCAGAAAUGGAAGAACUGAAAUACCAGCUCAAACUGACAGAAGAGAAAGUCCAUGAGGUGGCUUCAGAGAAAGACGCAGAAAUGGAGGAACUGAAGCAAGAGGAGAACAACUCAACAUCUGCAGAAAUCUUAAAACUGAAGAACCAGCUCAAACUGACAGAAAAGAAAGUCCAAGAGGUGGCUUCAGAAAAAGACGCAAAAAUCGAAGAACUGGAGGACCAGCUCAAACUGACAGAAGAAAAAGUCCAUGAGGUGGCUUCAGAGAAAGACGCAGAAAUGGAAGAACUGAAGCAUGAAAAGCACAACUCAACAUCUGCAGAAAUCUUAAAACUGAAGAAGCAGCUUAAUCUGGCACAAGAGAAAGUCCAAGAUGUGGCUUCAGAAAAAGAUGCAGAAAUGGAAGAACUGAAGAACCAGCUCAAACUGACAGAAGAGAAAGCCCAGGAGGUGGCUUCAGAGAAAGACUCAGAAAUGGAGGAACUGAAGCAUGAGAGGCUCAACUCAACAUCUGCAGAAAUCCUAAAACUGAAGAAACAGCUUAAUCAGGCACAAGAGAAAGUCCAAGAUGUGGCUUUAGAAAAAGAUGCAGAAAUUGAAGAACUGCAGAACCAGCUCAAACUGACAGGAGAGAAAGCCCAGGAGGUGGCUUCAGAGAAAGACUCAGAAAUGGAGGAACUGAAGCAUGAGAAGCACAACUCAACAUCUGCAGAAAUCUUAAAACUGAAGAAGCAGCUUAAUCAGGCACAAGAGAAAGUCCAAGAGUUGGCUUCAGAAAAAGAUGCAGAAAUGGAAGUACUGAAGAACCAGCUUAAACUGACUGAAGAGAAAGUCCAAGAGGAGGCUUCGGAAAAAGACACAGAAAUGGAGGAACUGAAGAACCAGCUCAAACUGACAGAAGAGAAAGUCCAAGAGGUGUCUUCAGAAAAAGAUGCAGAAUUUGAAGAACUGAAACAUGAAAAGCGCAACUCAACAUCUGCAGACAUCUUAAAACUGAAGCAGCAGCUUAAUCAGGCAAAAGAGAAAGUCCAAGAGGUGGCUUCAAAAAAAGACGCAGAAUUGGGGGAACUGAAGCAAAAGCAGCUGGAGAAUGAGGAACAGAAGUUAAUGGAGAUUGCGAACUUGGAAGAGGAGCUGAGACUGGCAGAAGAAAAAAUCCAGGAGGUGAUGGAUGAAAAAGACGCUGAAAUGAAGGAACAGAAAAAAGAGCUCAAACUGGCCCCCCAAAAAAUCCAGCAGAUAAUAGCUGAAAAAGACUCACUGAUGGAAGAAGUGAAGGGCCUUAAAGAGAAGCUCAGAGUGGCAGAAGAACAAAUCCAGCAGGUGACAGCAGAAAAAGACGCAAUGAUUGAGGAAUUGGAGAUCGGUGCGCCUUCUGCUCUCCCGGGCGUACGUGGAAUGGAACACAAGAUAAUUGACCUGCAGAAAGUCAUCAAGAGAUUGGAACAGGAAAACCUGCAGUUGUGUUCUCACCUUUCCGCACUAAAAGACCGCAAGGAGAAUGUGGGACGGCAGAUGGAUGUUCAGCGUGCCCAGCUUGGUCUGGAUGCGGAGGCGUCGGCAGCGCGGCGGUGGACAACGGAAGCAUCCGGUCUUUGGCUACAGCAGGGGCAGAUUCAGUCCUCACUUUUGGACCUCCAGGAAAUGCUAUCUAUAAAGACGGACGAGUUGCGUGCCGCUCAUGGACAAAUGGAAACACUAGAGGACAUAAUCGAGGCACAGAGUCAGAAGGUUUACCUGUACAAGCAGGAAGCAGAAGUUAUUCACAUCUCUUUCUCUGCACUCUGCAUGAAGAAAGACGCUCUGCAGGAGGAGGUGGCGCAGAAGACCAAGAGGCUGGUUAUUCUCCAAGAGGAGCUCGCCAUGAAGGAAAAGAUCCUCAAUUCCACAAUAAUGACCAAGACCUCUGCACUACAGGGGGAACUAAAGAGCCGUGAAAGGGAGCUCACCACUCGUAGGAUGUUGGCGGACUACCAAGAGGCGUUGGCACAACUCAGAAGUGAUAACGAGCUGAUACUUCGAGAUAACAGGAGGCUGGAAGAUGACGUGACCACAAUGACUAUGGAGAAGCAAGCUGCACUCGUGGACAUGGAAGGGGCUUUACAUGAAAGGAACGAGCUGAAGCACAGAGUCAACUCCUACUUGAUUACAGUGUCCAAGAUUGAGAACCUCUUGAAGUCUAAGGAGCAGGAGAAUUUCGAGCUGCUGCAGCAGCUUCACAUGGCCAACUCUGACAUGCAAGAAAGGGGGCAGAGGCUGAUGCAGGGCGACGUCCUCAUCAACUCUAUACGACGGGAGCUCCUCUCUUCCGAAACGGACCGAAGGCACCUCCACGAAGCCGUCAGCCACAAGGAGCGAGAGAUCCAGCAGUAUAUGCAGGACAUAAAGGCUUACGAGAUGCAGCUGUCCACGUUAAUCCGAGGAACGUCCCUACUUGAGGAGGAGCUACGAACCGUUCAGGAGGAGAAAGCUGUCCUUCUCGCCGAUCUGGCCUCUGUCAGGGAGCUGUGUGUCAAACUAGACGCAGACAAUGACGUCGCAACCCGCCAGCUUUUAUACAAGAGCAUGGAGCUGGAGAGGGCAACAACGAGACAGGACGACGCUUGGACAGAAGUGGCGCUGUUGAAAGAACAUCUGGCGAGCGAAAAGUCGACCAUCCAUAACCUCGAGAGGGCGCUCGCCACCAGUCGGCAAGAGAUGUUCCAAGCCCACCAGGCGGCCAGGGAAAAAGAAUCCGAGCUGAAGGUCCUACGCGAGAGGCUCAUGCAGGCUGAAAACAAGAUUGGCGAGUACGUGCGGGAGAUUUCCAAUCUUCGCAGCAAAGUUUCUCAGCUGCAAACAAAGAUCGAGGCCCUGAACUCUCAAAUUAGCGGUGAACGACACAGGCGUGAGGAGAUGCCCUUGCAACAGUUGCCAUUCAGGCCCCCGAGAACCUCAUCGCCAGUGGACCCCUUGACCACUCCGCAUCUGACGUUCCCCGACACCUCCUCCAUUAAGAAGUCUGAUUGACAUCGCCACACAGACUAUCCUGCAUUAUCGACCAUUAAUAUUGCUGCUGUAGCUCCUAAGCUGGAUCAUGCAGUUAUACGGUUAACUGCUUAUUUACUCAUAAUGGGGCAGAUUUUAUUGUUACCUCCUGUAACGAGAGGACUUUUACAAUCACGAACGUAAAAUACGUUUUAGUAAUAAGAUACCGUUUUUCAAGCUUCGAGGAAGCCAAGAUUGAACAAAACAAGAAAUUAGCUAUGGUUGUACAAUAGCUUAAGUUAACAAUACUACAUGUAUUCGGAUCUAAUCGGUACGCAGCGACAGUAAUCCCUUGUUUGUUGCUGUCACUUGGUUCUGGACGUGACCGGAAAAAAAUACUUUCUGCUAAGUAGGAAUCAAUGUUUUCAUAGCUAGAACAUUAAAGCAUUUUGUGGCAUUCUAAAUAGUUUUCAAUAUUGAGAGCCCUCUAUAACCAUGAAAUAAGACCCUUUUGUUGGGCGAGCACCUCCUAGAGCAGGGGUGUCCUCGUUUUCAUUGAGGGCCACGUUGCAGUUUUGGCUGCCCUUAGAGGGCCCUGGCCACUUGUAACAUAAAUAAAAGCAAAAUAAUUACAGCUCAUUUUAUUACCUAUUCUGUUUUAUUUUGCACGAUUGCACCAAGAAAAAUUCCUAGUGUUCUCAAACAAUGGCAAUAAAAACUAUUCUGAUUCUGAAGUGUAAAUAAAAUACAUAUAUAAGGAUUAGCCGCAUGAUUUUGUCCUACCGGCCAAGCUUGCCUUUAAGGAUUAGCCGUAUGAUUUUGUCACAGGAUUACCUAUGCAUUUGAUUAUUAGUAAAUGUAUAUUUUACCUACACUGUAAGAAAGAAAUAUCUGUGGAUUUUGCAGUCAAAAAAAUGGCAGAAUUUUACCAUAACAUUUACAGUA